AUGGUUACACUUCCUAUCUUGGAGAAUUGGGGCAUUCAAUUCCUUCUCAGCACCGUCAAUACAGAGGAUUUGACGAAAACCUGGGAUUUUGCCAAGUCCUUUAAUAUUGGGAUACUUAUGGAUGCCUGCUUGCCUGGAAUGAAAGCUCAGUUUGAGAGCUUCAUAUACAGUGACAGCUUUGUUAGCCUGUCGGCGGACACACUUCUCACACUGCUUCAAAGUGAUAAUUUAGGUGUGAGCUCAGAGGAGCAGGUUGUUGCUGCAAUUUCGCGAUGGUUAUGCCCUUGUGGUGAGAUCAACGAGCAAAGGCUGCAGCAACAUGUGCCAGAAAUGCUAAGAGAGGUCCAGUGGCAGCAGACGUCUUCGCAGUUUCUCAGCCGGUUGCUGGACGCUCAUCCAAUUUUUCAGAAAAGUGCCAAGUGCUCGCGGCUUAUGGCCCAAGUUUUGAAUUGGAUUGCUGCUGAGGACAAGAACGAGACCCCGUGUCCCUACCACCAGCAUCAGAGACCGCCUCCGUCAAUCUUUAUUUUUGGCAAGGAUAUAAAUGGGAAAGCCAGUUCUGUACUUCGUUUUAAUCCCCAAAUGAAAAACGAGGAACGCGUUCCUGAUAUGGAGCAUCAUGGUGGCGCCACCUACAGUGUCGUCGGGGGUGAGUUAAUAGGUUUAUGCAUAUGUUAG